UUGUUUGAUUUCGUUUCAUCAUUUCCUGUAUACCAUCAAGAUGGCCGCUGCCACUAGAGAGAAAAAUAAAUUUCGGAAGAAUACUGCGGACACUUUCUGGUUUAAAUACUGUCUUUCUUGCACAGCUGCAACGGUAGCAGAAGCAGUAACAUACCCUUUGGAUCUUACCAAGACGCGACUGCAAAUACAGGGGGAACAUGGGUUGAAUGGGGAAAUUGCUGCAGUGCGGAGGGGAGUCGUCGGCACUGCUGCGGGAAUAGUCAGGGAAGAAGGGAUAUUAAAAAUGUGGCAGGGAGUCACACCAGCAUUUUGCAGACAUUUUGUAUAUACUGGAUGCAGAAUGGGAUUUUAUGAAAUAUUACGAGAACAAAUACUGGGUAAAAAUGCUGAUGGCACCUUUCCUGUUUGGAAGGCUGUAUUAGGGGGCCUUACGGCAGGUGCAUUGGGUCAAUUUCUCGCCAGUCCUGCAGAUCUAGUCAAAGUGCAAAUGCAGAUGGAAGGAAAACGAAGAUUAGAAGGAAAACCUCCAAGAGUGAAAAGCGCUUGGCAUGCCUUCCGAAAAAUUUUACAACAGGGGGGCAUCAAAGGACUUUGGAAAGGCUGGGUACCUAAUGUACAAAGAGCAGCUUUAGUAAAUAUGGGAGAUCUGGCCACAUAUGAUUCAGCGAAACAUUUUAUUCUCAGGAAUACACAGUUAGAUGAUAAUUAUAUAACUCAUACACUAUCUAGUGCCUGUUCAGGAAUGGUGUCAGCAAGUCUCAGUACACCUCUAGAUGUCGUCAAAACUCGUAUAAUGAACCAACCAACAGAUGUACACUCCAGGGGUCUCUUAUAUAAAGGUUCAGUGGAUUGUUUGAUGAAAACAAUAAAUAAAGAGGGAUUCUUUGCCCUUUAUAAAGGCUUUAUUCCAAUAUGGGCUAGAAUGGCACCAUGGUCAUUGACAUUUUGGUUAUCAUAUGAGGAGAUACGUCGAAUAGCAGGGACGUCAUCAUUUUGAUAGUCAUACACGUCCUAAUAUCAUGUAAAUCUACAGGGAACAUUUAGCUAAUAAAUGAAUGAAUCUAGAGUUUUUCUGAUAUUCAGAAACACACUUAGGAGAUAUAAACUAGAUAAAACAAGGCCCAUGCCAAAAGGACAUCAUCAAAGAAAUAUGUGCUCACAGACUUUAACAAAAGUUUGAGUGGAAGGAGAAAUUCACAUAGAAAAUUGUUAUUGGAAUCAUCUACAC